CAAAUGUAAUUAUUACUGUGUUUUGCUCCUAACACUCUCUCGUCGUCAUCGCCAUAGCCGCUCUGCAACCGCGCUUGGCUUUGCUGCUCUUCUCCUCCUUUAAUCCUCCGAUGACUCCUCUACUCCGAGCUUCACGAGCCGUGAACUCAUCGAAGUGCCUUCGCCUGCUGCCAAACAUCGGCCUGAUCCCUCCUCGAAUCCCUCACAUCGACGGCCAUUUCUGCUCCAGCCAUGGGUUCGGCACCGACUCCCGCUCGCACAGCAGAGACACUGCCAUUGAUUUGAGCCUGUAUCCGCCGGAAAGGAUACGUAACUUCUCAAUUAUCGCGCACGUAGACCACGGGAAGUCCACCCUCGCGGACCGGCUGCUGGAGCUCACCGGCACCAUCAAGAAAGGCCAUGGUCAGCCUCAGUAUCUCGACAAGCUGCAGGUGGAGAGAGAGAGGGGGAUAACUGUGAAAGCUCAAACGGCAACAAUGUUCUUUAACCAUCCUACUCCCGGCCAUUCCUUGGACCCGAAUGAAUCCCAUACCUACUUGCUCAAUCUUAUAGACACGCCGGGUCAUGUCGAUUUCAGCUACGAAGUGUCGAGAUCCCUUGCAGCUUGUCAAGGCGCCCUUUUGGUUGUUGAUGCUGCUCAAGGAGUUCAGGCGCAGACCGUUGCUAACUUCUAUCUUGCCUUUGAAUCCGACUUGACGAUAAUUCCUGUCAUAAACAAAAUCGAUCAGCCGACUGCUGACCCUGACCGUGUUAAGGCUCAGCUGAAGUCUAUGUUCGAUCUCGACCCUGAUCAUACUCUUUUAACGUCUGCCAAGACAGGGCAGGGCCUUGAGCAUGUUCUUCCUGCUGUUAUAGAGCGCAUCCCGUCUCCUCCUGGGAGGAGCAAUUCACCUCUGCGUAUGUUACUCUUGGAUUCAUACUAUGAUGAGUACAAAGGAGUUAUCUGCCAUGUCGCAGUUGUUGAUGGGGUCCUUCGCAAAGGGGAUAAAAUCUCCUCUGCUGCAACGGGUCAGUCUUAUGAAAUUCUUGAUGUCGGAAUCAUGCAUCCUGAACUCCGACCUACUGGGAUCCUUCUGACUGGACAAGUGGGAUAUGUUGUGAGUGGGAUGAGGUCGACAAAAGAAGCUCGCAUAGGAGAUACUCUCUAUCAAAACAAAAGCAUUGUUGAGCCUCUUCCUGGUUUUAAGCCUGCAAAGCAUAUGGUGUUCUCCGGUCUUUAUCCAGCUGAUGGAUCUGACUUCGAGGCAUUAAACCAUGCAAUAGAGAGACUUACAUGUAAUGAUGCCAGUGUCUCAAUUACUAAAGAGAGUAGUACAGCUCUUGGCCUCGGUUUCAGAUGUGGCUUCCUAGGCCUGCUUCACAUGGACGUUUUUCAUCAGCGGCUCGAACAGGAGUAUGGAGCUCAUGUUAUUUCGACAGUUCCAACCGUACCAUAUAUUUUUGAGUACUCAGAUGGAAGCAAAAUUGAAGUUCAGAAUCCUGCUGCUCUGCCUUCAAAUCCGAAAAGCAAACUGACUGCUUGUUGGGAACCUACAGUUAUUGCCACCAUUAUUAUCCCUAGUGAGUAUGUUGGGCCCGUUAUUACCCUUUGCUCAGACAGGAGAGGCCAGCAGCUCGAAUAUACAUUCAUGGACAGUCAACGAGCCUUUAUGAAGUACCGCUUACCUCUGAGGGAAAUCGUGGUUGAUUUUUACAAUGAACUGAAGAGUAUAACAUCAGGAUACGCAUCGUUUGACUACGAGGACGCAGAUUAUCAAAAGUCAGAUUUGGUGAAGCUUGAUAUCCUCUUGAAUGGUCAACCCGUUGAUGCAAUGGCCACCAUAGUUCACACUCUAAAAGCUCAAAGAGUUGGACGGGAACUGGUUGAGAAGCUGCGGAAAUUCAUUGACAGGCAAAUGUUCGAGAUAAUAAUACAAGCCGCAGUUGGAUCAAAGAUUAUUGCUAGGGAGACAUUAUCAGCAAUGAGAAAAAAUGUACUCGCAAAGUGUUAUGGCGGAGAUGUCACGCGGAAGAAGAAGCUCUUGGAGAAGCAGAAGGAAGGAAAGAAGCGAAUGAAACGUGUCGGGUCCGUUGAUAUACCACAGGAGGCUUUUCAUGAGAUCUUGAAGGUGUCUUAGCAGAUCAUGUUGCAGAAUGGCCCACAAAAUUUGUUCCAGAGAAUUUCUGUAUGAUGAGAUACUAUGGUGGAGCCUCGGGAAGCACCAUAUAUAGGGGUUCUGGUGGAGUUUGUUCGGUAGACUUCCCUUCAGAAGGAAUUGUUCGAGUUGACAGUUAAGUUAGCGAGGCAGCCAUUCCCUCUUGUCAUGCUACUCUUACUGUGAUUCCAAUGGACGUUAGGUAUUCAUUCAUCAAUUAGAUCAGGGUUUUGCCCUGCAUUCUUUUCCCCUUUUCCUAAUCCUGGGUUGAUCAUGACAAGCCUUGAGAGUCAGGGCAUGGAGACCCUAUUUUUUGCUGGAGCCCAAUGUAUGAUUUGUUCAUCUAAAAUUUUGUAUUAGUAAUAGCAUAGGAAAUUUGGAAUAGCAAUGAUUCAUAUUGGCUCCUAUUAUUGCAGAUGACAUAAUAUUGUUACCUCUCGGGAUCAAGAGGACCUCUUUCUUUGUUGUCCAUAAGAUUUUCUAAGAUGAUGCAAGUGAAGUACAUGAAGUUAGAUCCUUUCCAAAGGAUGGAACCCAAUCCAUUUUGAGAAUAAUGUUGACAAUGUGAGCAGCUGCUGCCAAGAAGUGAAAGUUGGAGGCUUUGCCGUCAGGUGUUGUAAACGCCAAGUAGGCUAUUCUUCCAUUCAAUCAAUGGCCCGAAUGUCUCGGCCGACCUUUGAUCUGUCGACUUUUGAAUGGGAAAAAUUAGCUUUUGGACCCUAGACCUAGUUACUGAUCCUCCUCUCAUAUGCAUAAUAGAAUUUUCCCAUCGCUUUGCAGUUGGUUCAUUUUUGGUUACAGCGAAAGUCUAUGAGCUUAGCAUUGAGGAACUAGAAGUUAAAUAAAGGGGGCAUGGCAUGUUCUACUGACAAGAAUUUAAUUUAGGACCUCUUGAUUUUAUAAGUGAGAGUUCUUGUGUCGCUGUAAAUAAACAGUUCUACUUAUUGCCGUUGAUUAAAAUAAAAAAGUAGGGAAAACUAGUGGAUUAAAUGUGUA